UUUAAUGCCACCUUCAAAAGAAAAUCAAAAUAAAAAAUCAAAAGAUGAAGAAAAACAACAAAAUCUGAAAAAUGUUAAACAAAAAGAAGUAAUUAAUAAAAAGAAAAAUUCUGACAAAACUUCAACUUCAGCAGCGAUAAAUUUUGACAAUUUUGAACGUGGAAAGCGUCGAAACUCUCUUACUGAUUCACCAUUGACUGGAUUAAGUCCAUCAUCUGGAGCAAGAAGUACUGGAAUUUCUUCUAGCCUUUCUGAAAGUUUUUCUGACAAUCAGACAGAAGAUAAGAAGACAUUACAUACUUUCUCAACAAAUUUUGGUCUUUUUGAGGGCGAGAAUAUUGACAAUAUUGAAUUGGAAUAUGUUCAUGAUGUUCUUGUUGGGAUUAAGAAGCAGUUGAUAAAACAACUUAAAUAUAAUAAAUGGACUGAAGCUUUGGCUCAAGCAAUAAUUACUGGGGAUUUUGAUUGUUUUCUUCGACGUUUUAAAAUGAUUAUGCUUUGUUUGAGAAAAAGAAGAGAUGCAAAAUAUAAAUCUUUGACAAAUCAACAAUUGUCGGCUUUUGUUGCUAAUAAUAUUGUUGAACGCUUUUGUGACCAAAAUGAAGAAACUACAAUUUUAAUGAUAUUACUUGCCAACCAUGAUAAAAAAUUUAAUUGCUCCGUUAGAAAUCAUGGUUAUUGUAGAAUUGCUCAUUUACUUUUGAAAUUACUUGGAGAUGAAGAUCGUGUAAACUUAAUUGAAGUUAUUGCUAAAACAAGUGGAAAAACUGCUUUGCAUUUGGCCGUGGCAACUGGACAUCCUUGCCAAUUACGUGUUUUAUUGGCUUUGACAGAUAUCGAUCCAAAUAUACUUGAUGAAUCGGGAAGGGCAGCAAUUCAUUAUGCAGUUGAACGAAAUAAUUUAGACAUGGUAAAAAUGCUAAUGUGGUAUGGCGCAGAUAUUUCUAUUGCUCAAUCGAGAAAUUCAAAAUAUAAUCCUUCAUAUAUUUCUAUUCAUGCAAAUCCUGGGGCAACUGUUGACUAUUGGCUUCGUGAACGUGUCAAAGCAAUUUCUCAAAAAAUGUUGAUUUUUGCUAGAUCUCUAUGUGCUAGAACAUUUUCUAUUGAAAAAUCUAUUUCAACUCCACACUUUCUUCGAUUGAAUAAAAUCUCUAAAUCUGAAAUUGAAUGCCAAUUAAAUUUGCACACAAAAAUAAAUAAUUUUGCUUCACAGAAUCGGCCGAGACCUAAAUCAUUUCUUUUUAUGAUUCCAAUAGCUUUUCGAACAACUGACGAACGUUCUGCUGCUUCAGACCCAAAAAUUGUUAGAGUGGCUUUUCCUAGAGAUUUUUAUGUUGCUGGUCAUCCUAUUUUGGACAGUUGGGACGUUAAUUGUACUGCAACAAAGCUUUUACCUGUUUUUGCUAAUAAUGGUUAUACAACUCGACAAAAUAAUUCAUUUUUUGCUUACGAAUUACCAUCAUCUAUUGAAGGACUCCACAGACUUACUUGCCGUUUAGGGAGUGGAUUAAAUCGAGAAAAUUUAUUGAUAGCUGUUCAGGCAUUUAGUUGCACUGAAUUAAGAAGGAAUAAAUCUAAAGCUGAUUAA